UUGAAAGUACAAAGUUGAUGUUGAAUGUCACGUGAGUUUUUCGCUUUCAUUCAUCGCUGCGAUAGAACAAGAGGAGGAGGAAAAUUCGAUGUAUUUUAGAGCAAAAUAUUAAGCACGGAGUUCAAAAUAAGCAGCGAAUCUUAUUGAGGGGAAUAGACUAAAAGCAAAAUGCUCACAGCUAUUAUCACAGUUUUGUUAUGCCUGCCAUCUGAUUUCCUCUACUGGAUGAAAUGGUUGAUAGCCUACCUUGUGAUUCGUUACAACAACUCAAAGAAUCGAAAGAGAUUUGACAUCUAUCAACCGAAUGCUUUGGGCAAUCCAGAGAAACUCGGUUUUCUCACUCCUCAAAUUGAAAUAGAUCUAGAAUCUCCACAAUCCGAGAAACACUUGCAAAAUUCCAUAGAUGAAGUCUUGUUCUAUGGUGUCAACUCAAAGGCAGAAUGUGUGCUAAUUCGCCUCGCCAGAUACAGUAAUCAGUUGGCAGACGCUUGGAUAUACCUGAAAAUGGCAGACGGUACAACGUAUCAUUUGGAAGAACACGUGAAUUACCAGGACUCAGAAAACGAGGAAUCGUUGAUUUUUUCUUGUGGUAGUCUUCGUAUGCAGGCUGUGUCACCCAUGAGACGAUGGAGAAUAGAAUAUUGUGGAUCUUUGAUAAAAAAUUCUGAGAGUGACGAAAAUUCCCAAGAAAUAGCAUUUGUCAAAUUUGUUUUCCUGUGGUGCGCAUCAUCGGAUGUUUAUGAUCCAACACUUGAUAAGAAUAUUAAAGGUUUCACCCAUUUACUUGCUUCGAAGGAAUGGAAAUCUAUUUAUCCUCCACUUCAACUACUUCAAGAAACGAUAAAUUUCUAUUCGCAAGUGGGAAAUCUCACGUGUACAGUUUCUGUGAACGAUAAACAAGACUACGAGAUGCAUUUAUUCGGAGACAGGCAGAGGAACUUGGGUGAUAGUCAGAUGGCAGCUACAUUUAGAUGUCCAAUAUUAGUGGGAUACGUUCCGCUGAAUGGAUUUGGUUUUCAUUUGUUAAGCAAUGGAUCGAAUCAUUUCCUCGGACUGGAGUCUGGAUUUGUGAUAAGCCCCGAUGGUAGUUUAAACGUCAUUAAGAAGACGAAAGUUCCGGAUUGUGUAUUUCCAAAUUCUUCUCAAAAAAGUAUCGUCAGUACAGUAAAUGGUGCGACUCAUGAAAUAACUGGACUUCUUGCAAAGAAGCAAAUAAAACUUCAGAGGAGAGAUGGAUUCUCUGAAGUUUCAUUUGUAGAGUUUUCUGUGGCGAACAAAAAAGGUUAUGGACUGCAUUUUGUCACAACGUUUAAGGAAGCAUCUAAAGAACGUGAUCUCCCUUCAAUCAAAAUCUCACGUCCUCAGAUUGUACCACUAGUAGUAAAAUUUACGGAUGAGAUUUCCCUUUUUGGUGACAUAUCGGGCGGGAAAGGUUCAUCCCUUGGGAAAUUGACGAAGUUAAGCAAGCAAAACAAAAAGUUUAGUGUUCCAAAAGGAGUGAUUGUUACAACAUCAGCUUAUGAUAAGUUUAUAAAUCCGACUAUUUCAAGUGCCAUCGAAGAAAUGAAAAAUGUAGUUUAUGGAAAUGUUGAAGGUGAUGUAAAACAUGUUUGCGAACGUGUUAUGGAGGCUGUUUUACACACAACUCUUCCCGAUGGGAUCUGUAAAAGCAUUGUUGAGAGUCUAAACUUAGUUUUUGAUGGUGAAUUUGAAGGUCUUAGGUUUGCAGUACGAUCUUCUGCAACAGGUGAAGACACAGAUGUUAUGUCGGCUGCUGGACAAAUGGAUACUUUUCUCGGCAUCCAAGGAAUUAAUAAUAUUUUCCAUUCAGUGAAAAAGUGCUGGGCAUCACAGUUUAGUCUCACAGCUGUAGAAUAUAAAAGACAGCAUGGUCAGCUUUUAAAUUCGCCGAUGGCCGUUGUGAUUCAAGAGAUGGUUGCAUGUCAGGUGUCGGGAGUUAUGUUUACAUGUGAUCCAGUCAGCAACAACCCGAACAGUAUUACUAUCACAGCAAACUAUGGUUUGGGAGAGACUGUGGUGUCUGGAUCCGUUGAGCCUGAUACUUAUGUACUGAAGAAGAACGGGGAUGAUGUUCCCACAAUAGAAGAACUGACUAUCGGAUCGAAGUUCCAGAAGGAAGUUAUGGAUGAAUUUGGUGGAACUAGACUAGAAGAUUUGUCUGAAGACCAAAAGUCUGUCUCCUGCCUAGACAAUGAAAUGGCCCAAAGGCUUGGCAAACUGGCAAUCGAAGUACUUCAAAUUUUUGAACACUUCUCUUGAGAAACAUGAUACUGU